AUGACGACAUACAACAUUGGUCCCUCGCGGCAUCUCAACAGUCGUGCACCAAUCGUUCACUGUGCCCAUUGUGUUGGUGGAGGCUCAAGUGUGAACUUUAUGGAUUACACUCGUUCGCCUGCCUCAGAUUUUAAUGAUUGGGGAGUCGAUGGUUGGGAAUCCAAGAACUUGAUUUCCCUCAUGAAGCUGGAGAUAUACAAGGUGUGGAUUGAUCGUCCAACCCAUGUGUACGAUAGAACUAUCAAGGUGUCCUUUGAAACAUGCAAUACUUACAGUGUGCGCCACCUCGUCAUGUUCCUUCUUAUCGAGGUGAAGCCGCCGCUUUCAGAGGGAAGUGCUGCAGUUUGCGGGGAAGUGGUCGGUCCGGUGGACUUGAACACGCCCGACAUGAUCUACACUGCGGACGAUGAGAAAGCGAUCGAAAAUUUUCACCGCGACAACAGUAUGUCCUGA